GAAACGUUUUUAAAAAAGCCGAUCAUGCGCACUGGAGUGUAGCAAUGGUAUAACGAAGCGGAGCUAGGGUUUUAGUGGCGUUCAGUUAUGGGAGGAAGGACUUAAAUCUUAAAACACGUAUUUAAUAUCUAGAGAUAUAUAUUUGACAUUGUUUUACUGGGUUCAAAGGAUUUAAACAGUGCGCUUUAAGAUGAUUAUCUGGGGGGUUUAAUUAUAUUAUCCCUGUCCGUAUAGCCAUGCGGUACAGAGGGAGUAUAACGCUUGUUUAGAUAUGUGGAAUAUCAAUUCUAGGUUAGGAAUUACACGGAAAAUUCUGAUUUGUGUGGCGGUGUUGUUUGAAUGCGUUUCCUUCGUGAAGUCAGGAUGUGGUGGUUACAUUGAGUUGACAGCCAGUGGCUCUCACGACCUUUCCUCCAGUAGCACAUAUAGUGCCUACUCUAAUUGUAUAUGGGUCAUAAAGGUACCGGAUAAGUAUGUCGUGAACGGGGAUUUCACCUUCAGAGGCGAGAAGUCUUCCGGUGGGGCGUGUGAGGAUUACUUAGUGGUGACAGAUGGGUCUGACUCUGCCAAUGAGCUUCUGAAUACUUGCGAUGACCUGACCAACCACAAGCUGAACUCGACCGCUCGCUGGAUGUACAUCCAGUUUAAGGCGGAUGGUGCUACUAAUGUACAGGGUCUGUCGGCCACAGUCAAGCCAAUGUACACAGGUACUGACAUGAGUGCUGAAACAGAUCCCGUACCAAAGUGUAAGUCCCACCAGUUUUCCUGUUCCAACAAGCGCUGUAUUACAAUGUCCUACCGCUGUGACGGAUUUAACGACUGCGGCUGCGUGGCGGACUGUGACGAACAGAACUGUGGCGGGAUAUCUAUGUCAAAAAGUUCGUACAUGGGCCUGGGAGCUGGGUUAGGGACCGCCAUGUUCAUAACAUGCUUCGUAAGCGUGUACGCCUACGAAAAGCGACGGAAACUGAAAGCCAUGAGGGAGGAGGAGGAAUCAGAAAGAGCGUCCAGGAGGCGGGGGAGGGCCCGGGACCAAAACAAGGGCAAGGACGAUAAAGAGAAGGACAAGAAAGUCGCCUGGCAUAGUUAGUUACACCGCCAUUUUGCCAAUCACGUGACAGCGAGAAUUAUUUAUGUAUCCUGCAAUAAAUAAAAUGAGGGAUUGUGAUUGAAUCACAGAAGUCGGUAUCAUUCGAUGUUAUGAUAAUGCAUCAUCAUUUUAUGUUCGAUAAAAACAAUGCAUGUUACUGACCUUUGCGAGCAGAGCGCAUGAACAAUUAAAAUAUGAUACAUUUCGUAAGACAUUUAUCAUUUUAAAAUCUUAAGAAAUGCAUUUUUUUUUUAUAAUAAUCACGAUACUCAGGAUGAUGUAUAGAAUGUGAGUGAGAAAUAAAACUUUGUGAAAGCGUGUAAGUUAUUGUCACGUAAUAUUUAUUGUAAUAAUUAUUGAGGUUUUUUUCGAAUACUAGUACUUCGUUUACUAGUAUAUGGUUUGUGUGUAAAUGAAUUUUAACAAAAACAAAUACGAUUUUGCUUGUUUGAGAGGGUGCAAUGCCUCAUUCCCCCAAAGCUACAUUUCAUUUUGUGUCUUACUGACUACCUAAGCACAAGUUCCAUUGAUUGUUUUGAUCCUGGUUUGGAAUACAUACGUAUAAGAACCCCAGCCGAACGAUAGUGCUAUAUCGACUUUCUGUAACAUCAUUUCCGACAUUUUGUCGUCUUUUGUUGCCCUAUCCAUAAACUUGUACCUCUGUAUGUCUCAAAACUUGUAUUUAGUUGAGGGAAAUUAUUAACAAGUGAAUGAAAUUUAUUUAAUAACUCACAACUCUUAUUCCAGUAAUUUUGUCCCAUUUUAAGAUGUUAUAUGUUAAAUUUGUUAUGUUUGAGUGAAAUAAAUAAAUGAUAUCUCCCAUC